AGAAACUCACCGGUCUGACCCGAAUUUCUUCACAAUUUUCAACCCUUGCCCUUGCGAUUGCCAUUUUUAGCACUCUCUUAUUAUCAUCUACAGUGUUACGGCUCCAGUCUCUGCUACUUCGUGCCUUUCCAACUCACAAUCAGGAUGUCUGAAGAGCCCUUUAGACCAUGGGAAAAGCUGGUUGAGAAGCAGAAGUAUUUUCAGAGCAUCCACAAACACACAUAUCUGAAAGGACCGUAUGACAAGAUUACUUCAGUCGCCAUUCCUUUGGCUUUGGCUGCUACUUCUUUAUAUAUGAUUGGAAGAGGGAUCUAUAACAUGUCUCAUGGGAUUGGGAAGAAGGAAUGAGGAUAUGUUUUCUGCACAGUGAUUUCAAAAUAAUAUGUUCUUGAAGUAUGCUUUGUUUAGUUCGGACAUGUUAUGAGUAAUGGAUGUACGUUCUUUGUCCUCGAUGACUUGGUUGCAAUUCCCAUCAUUCGGUUUUCCUUGGAAUACGAUUGAAAUUCAAGAAGUAUCCGUUUAACUUUAUGAUAUUUCUUAGUAAAUGAAGAAGAAUUGACGUAAAUCUUACUAUGCCUUGAAGUUUGUUGAACUUAACUUGGUUAGAUAAGUAUAUUUUUCAGUGUUUCUUUGUACGAGUCGUGUGCAUAAAACUAGCUAUGCUUUUGCUACAAACUUGAAUGGCCGUUGUCGCA